AUGGAAGAAGAAUAUUCAUUAGUUAUUUGGUUCAAUGCACAAACUUCCCCUGGAAUGCAUGCGAGCUUUCAAAGCUUUUUGAAUAUGUCUUUAAGACAACAUUUUCCCUCAUGCAAUGAGUUGAACUUCUUACCGUUAAAACGGUUUUUUCAAUUAAAUUUUCAAUUUAUUCAUGCGAUUCAAAUGAAAAUUAAUGCUUGGAUAACAGUGAGGGUGAGAGAAGCUUUAACUUGUUAA